ACCAGAUCCAACCAUCAAGUUAAUUAUGUCAAUCACCACUUUCCAUAACAUUGCUCUCUUAGGAGCAACAGGCAACCUUGGGUCCAAGAUCCUCAUUGCCCUCAACAAUGCCGGCUUCACUGUAACGGCCGUCCAGAGGAAGGACUCCACAAAUAUCCCCAACGGAGCAGCAAAAAGCCUCAAAGUCGAUCUGAGCAGCGAGCUAGACCUCACUUCCGCAUUCAAAGGCCAAGAUGUCGUCGUCUCCGCCAUGCCAAACCCCCGCCUUGCAACUGACAAGAUCUGGAUAAACGCCGCCAUCUCCGCAGGCGUCAAACGCAUCGUGCCUUCUGAAUUCAGUACGAAUCUUGAAAAUGAGCUCUCCCGUGCCUUGCCGAUUGUCACAAACAAGAUUGAGAUUCGCAAAUAUGUUGAGGACAUUGCGAAGGAGGGCAUGAUCGAGUGGACGAGCAUCAACAACGGUCCCUUCUUUCUUUCGGUGAUUUGGCUCUCGGGCUGGAUGGGGCCGGGUGUUAAAUCGAAAGUCACGGUACUUCAUGAUAAUGGCGAGAAGAUUGUCUGCACGACUACCCUUGAGAGGAUUGGGGAAGGUGUAGCGAAGAGUCUGCUGCCUGAGUAUGCUGUGAAGACGAGGAAUAAGGCCGUUUAUGUCUACUCAGCUGCAAUGAGCGAGCGAAAGAUGACAAGGUUAGCCGAGAAGUUUUCGGGUCUCAACUUCGAGGAGAAAAAGAGCAAUAUUGAGACUGUGACGAGGGAGGCAUUUGAAUCAUUGGAGAAGGGAGAUAAGAGCAAGAUGAUGAAUUUUUAUAUUCCAUUUUGUCUUGGGGAGAGGUAUGGUGGAGAUUUCAGGUAUAUGGCGGCGAACGAGAUGUUGGGGCUGAAAGAAUUGACGGAUACAGAGCAGGAGGAAAUAGUUAAGAUGUGGUUGAAGGAGAUGAAGACAAGCAAGUCAUGAGUGUGGCUCAUCGAAUCGUCCGGACUAUCUCAUUCAAAAAUUCAAAAAGAAGCUGGAAAGCUGUCGAGCGACUACCCUCAGGUCAUAAAG